AUGGCCGCACCCUCGCGCCCCGCCUCCGGCAGAACCAAGCACGUACUCCUCCCCGAAGAAGAAGAAGACACAGAAGCGCAGCCGGCAGCCUCCCCCAACGACCGCUACCGUUACGGCCUCCUCGGCUUCCUGCAACGGAGGAGAGGGGGCGGUGGCGGAGGCGAGGAAGGAAGCAGACGAUCAUCCGCCGGGCUCUCCCGUCCCCCGCUCGCUCCCUCCGGGUCAUCUUCGAACUCCGGAACGCCAUCAUGGUCCCGGAAAGAACCCGCGGCGCCCAAAUCCGGGUCGGGGACAGGAAGCAAGACACCCAGCAAACCGCAAUCGCCAGCUCCUCCCAAAGCGCCAAAGUCACCCAAGCCCCCCAAAUCCAACCCCGGACCGAAGCCACCGAAAGGCAUGCCACCCCACCACAACCCCGCCGGCCAUGUCCCCCUCACCGGCGGCGACCACCCCACACUCCCCUGCACCCACCCGCACGGUCUGAACCGCCUCCGGUGCGAAAAAGCCGACGCGGUCAUCGGGACCCUCUUCGCCAUCAUCGGGCUCUUGCUAUCCCCCCUCCUGCUCUACCUUCUCGUCAGAAAGUGCCGACAACGACGACAACGGCGACGAAGUGAACGGAGCAGUCACGACGUCGACGCCGAAGACGGGCUGGAAUUAACCCACGACCCCACCGCAGCACGAACGCCAGACCCGUCUCCCGCACUCGCUCCGUCCGACACGCCCAGCCCAUACCCAUCCCAACCCCCACCGGCCUACGGGCCCCGGUCCCGGAGCCGGAGCCGCGGGGGCAAGGCAUCGCGUUGGACACGGAGCGCGAGGAGCAGCACGUCGUCGGAUGGGAUAGGGACGGCGGUGCCGGGGCGGAUGCUACGGGAUGGUGUCGCGGUUGUUGAUGUGUCGGCGGGGUCGGGGUCGGGGUCGGGGUCGGGGGUGGAGGGUUCUGGAUCUGAAUGUGAGCGGUGGUACGAGGUUGAGGAGGGAAUGUCAUCAUCAUCUGAUCGUGACGCUCGUGGCGAUGAUGGGGAUGGGGAUGGGGAUGGGGAUGGAGAAAGGGGAAGGGGGGACUGUAUCCACAACGAUGAUGAUGAUGAUGAUGAUGAUGAGGAAGAGGGGACCAGCAGCACGCGUGAUCAAGAAAUCAACCAACAAUCUUGCCCCUUCUCCAACCCCACCCCGCCCCAAACCGCCUCUCCACCCACACCCGCAUCUCAAUAUUACAGCCCCGUCUCCAGCGCAUUCGCUCCCACAGCCAGCGACGAAGACGACUCCUCACACAGUUAG